AGAGUCGAAGGAAAACAAAGGUGAAUUUGUGAGUUUUUUUCAGCGUAUUUCAAAACACCUUUGGGAGGUGUUUUGAGGACUUUCUGACCAGGAAAAAGUGGGAAAAGUGAUCGAAAUGGACAGAUUAACCACUAUAAGUGCCAGUCUCUUCAUGGCGGCUAAUGUGUUCGCAAUUGUGAGUCUCGCAAUGCCAGAUUGGAUUGUCACGGAUGUUGGAGGAGAGACUCGCCUAGGACUUAUGUGGACGUGCAUGACGCUAUACAAUCGGCCACAAGUUUGCUUCACGCCUGAAUUGCAACCCGAAUGGCUCCUGGCCUUGAUAUGUAUCUUCGUGGGCUGCAUUUGUAUCACCACGACCAUCAUCUUGCUGGCCAGCAGUAAUUGGGACAGGAAUGUCAUCCCGUAUGCACGCUGGGUGGGCUUCACGGCGAUGGUGCUCUUCUGUCUGGCGGCGGUGAUCUUCCCACUAGGCUUCCAUGUGGAUGAAAUCGGCGGGCAGCCUUAUCAACUGCCCAAUUCUCAUCAGGUGGGCAUUUCCUACAUCAUGUUCGUCCUGGCUGUCUGGAUCACUGUCAUCUCCGAGCUGUUCGCCGGCAAAGUUUGCUUGCCGCAUUUCUGAGACACAUUCCCUCGAAUCUCGCGCUCUGCCCAAAGUAUUCAGCAGCGUCCUAGGCUAAGGAACUACUCUUAAGACACACUAGAUAUUUCUAACUCACCUGGGACUUUGCAAGAUUAGGAUGUAGUUGUAAAAAAUGGUUUUAUUUCGAUUCUUAAAUACACGUAAGUUACUAUUCA